AUGAUGCCCGGCAGCGACCGCAUGGACGACACGCUGCGCCGGCUGCUCGACAACCGCGAGGCCCAGGGCCGGCGGCGGCGGCUCACGCUCGCGCCGCCCGGCGCCGUCGACUUCUCGUCCAACUCGUACCUGUCGCUCGCCGCGCACCCGGCGCUCAAGAAGCGCUACCUCGCGCUGCUCGAGCGCAGCGGCGACGCCUUUUCCCUCGGCUCCGGCGGCUCGCGCCUGCUCGACGGCAACAACGCGCUCACCGAGCAGCUCGAGCGCCGCAUCGCCGCCUUCCACCGCGCACCCGCCGGCCUGCUCUUCAACUCGGGCUUCGACGCCAACGCCGGCCUGUUUGGCUGCGCGCCCCAGCCCGGCGACGCCGUCGUGUACGACGCCCUCAUCCACGCGAGCGUGCACGACGGCAUGCGCCUCGGCCGCGCCGACACCCGGCUGCCCUUUGCGCAUAAUACGGUCGAUGGCGGUGCGGAUGCGGACGGCACGCCGGGGAGCUUGAGCGCGGUGCUGGACGGCUUGUGUCGCGGCCCGCACGGCGACGAGUUCCGCAGCGGUCGCCGCAACGUAUUUGUGGCGGUCGAGGGCGUGUACAGCAUGGACGGGGAUGUUGCGCCGCUGCGGGACAUUGUCGCCUGUGUGCGCGAGCGGCUACCACGCGGAAAUGGUCAUAUUAUAGUCGACGAGGCGCACUCUACGGGCAUCCUUGGGCCGCGCGGCCGUGGUCUCGUAUGCCAUCUCGGCCUGGAGGAUGAAAUCUGGGCACGAGUCCACACAUUUGGCAAGGCCAUGGGCUGCUCCGGCGCCAUUGUCCUCUGCUCGCCGACAACCAGGUCAUACCUCAUCAACUACGCUCGAAGCCUGAUAUACACGACCGCGCUCGGCUACCCGUCGCUGGCCGCCAUCCAGACGACGUACGAGUACCUCGCGGCCGGCCUGGCUGACGGCCAGCACGCGAACCUGCAGGCGCUCACCCGCCAGGCGCACGGCCGCCUGGGCCGCUUGUGUCGGCAGCACCGCAUCCCGCCGGUCGUCCUGCGGAUUAACCCGACGCUGCCCGAGUCGCCCAUCCUCCCGCUCUUCACCGCGCUGGCCCGCGAGCUGGCCGCGUACUGCCAGCAGCACGGUUUCCUGCUGCGCGCGAUUGUGGCGCCGACGGUGCCGGCGGGGACGGACCGCGUCAGGCUGUGCCUGCACGCCGGUAACACAACCGACGAGGUGGACGCGCUCUGCAAGACGAUUGAGACAUGGGCGUGUGAAAAGAUGGGCAGCGAAGCGACGGGCGUAGAGGACAUGGAAAAAAGCAUAGUCAAAAGUGAAAUAAGUCGUCUGUAA